AUGGAAUAUGAUGAUGAACAGUCUUCUUCACAACCCUCCUCACAACCCUCCGACCCGUCAUAUAUGCCAUUUUCCAAUAGCAAUUAUGCUUUCAGUGCUAUGCUACCUCAGGAUUCAGAUCUGCCUCUCCAGAAUUUCGCACGAUCACAGCCUUCAGACCUGGAAGGACGGUCUAAUGUCAUGCCAUACGACGGGAUCCCGACCCCGGGUAUCUCAAUGCCGAUAAACAUGGACGCCACCAAUACCUAUGCCUACAAUAUCCCAACCACCUACCCGCCCACCACCAUGGGGAUGCCUCCACAGAUGGAUCAUCCACAGUUCCAGUCUACAUACCCGCCCUUCCCACCAUCCAUCACGGUACCCCAUUAUUCCCAGCCAGCUCUGCUGGUCCGCAAGGAACCAUACGAUAUAAACACCGAUUCGACAACCAAUUUCGAGGAUUCCGACUUUUCAGGUCGCACAAGUGAUUGGUCGCAAGCACAAGCGCAGCCACAGCGGGCUCGGUCUCAGAGACAACCUCUGGAGCGCCUUCUGCCUGCUAGUCAGCCGUACCGUGCAUCGCAACCGGUGGCUAUCCAGCCCAAGAAGCCCGUUGCUGCAAAAGAGGAUAUCUCACCAGGGCUAGAAAAGCCCGAGAUUGGCAAGACUGAGCAUACCGGCAUAUAUUCGACGACUGGCUUUGACGUGCUGGGAGCGUUGGGCCGUGUGGCUAUGCGGCCUAACCCUAAAAUCAACAUUGGCGCGGUCGAUCUCUCAUGUGCCUUUGUUAUGUGUGAUAUAUUGGUCGAGGAUCAUCCAAUCGUCUAUGUGUCAGAGGCCUUUGAACGAUUGACCGGCUAUACUAAAGAUGAAAUUGUUGGCCGGAACUGUCGAUUCCUUCAAGCGCCCGAUGGCAAGAUCAACGCCGGCGCCAAGCGAACUUUUGUUGAUGGUCAGACUGUCUAUCGGCUACGAUCAACCAUUGACGAUCGCAGUGAGAUACAGGCUAGUAUAAUCAACUAUCGCAAGGGUGGACAACCUUUCAUGAAUCUCAUCACAAUGAUCCCCAUACAGUGGGAGUCGGAUGCUUAUCGGUACUACGUCGGCUUCCAGGUCGAUCUGGUUGAAAAGCCCGAUGCCGUGAGGGGAAGGAAUCCUGAUGGCAACUAUACCAUUAACUAUCAGCGUGAUCAGCUGCCACAGUAUAUCGUCCCACCACCAGAUGUAUACUCAUCACGACCAGAUCUUGGGUUGCGAUAUGGUCAUGACGAAGUGACUGCCAUUCUCAACGCUAUGAGUGCAGCUGGCAAUGAUGUCAAUCGUCGUUACCUGGAUCGCAUUCUGGUUGAGAAUACCGAUGAUGUGAUCCAUGUGCUGUCAUUUAACGGCGAAUUCUUGUAUAUGUCGCCCUCUUGUCACAAGAUUCUAGAGUACGACCCAGUCGAGCUAAUCGGAAAGACUCUGUCCACUAUCUGUCAUCCUAGUGAUAUUGGUCCUGUAAUCCGUGACUUGCGGGCGAGCACGACAACGGCUCCAGUGAAUGUUGUGUAUCGUAUCAGACAAAAGCACAGAGGAUAUAUGUGGUUCGAGAGUCACGGCGCGUGGCACAUCGACCCGAACCAGGGUCGGAGGCAUCUUGUCAUGACUGGCCGCCCGCGACCCGUCUAUACCUUGGAUCAGAUUGCCCGCCUGGGCUCAUCCGCAGCACUAGCCGAGAAUGACGUCUGGGCUAAGGUUUCUUUGUCUGGUGUCAUUCUGUUCAUUACGACCAAGGUAAAGCCGGUGCUUGGCCGCUCGCCUGAUGAUCUGAUUGGCAAAGGCCUACAAGAAAUCAUGGAGCCCGAGACCGGUGGCGUUACCACGAUCACACAAGCCCUGGAGGCAGCCUGUGGUGGACAAGGAUCUGGCAUAGCCGUCGUUACGGGUAGCGGCAGAGAAGCGGAUGAACCACCCUCAUUCAAACACCAAAUGCUGCAUAAGAAAGGCCAUGCCCUUUUAGCACAUACCACAUUGUACACCGGCGAUGCACGGAAGGGAAUCAAACCGACCUUCCUCGUCGCCCAGAUCCGAUUUGCUCGAUCCUUCCCUCCAUCCGCCACGGUCGAAGACAAAAGUCUCGCAAUGGUACCCGGCAUCACACGCAACGCAACUCUCGCCAUUGACGAUCCUGCCACUCCCCGCCAGUAUGGCGCCCUUGGCCAACGCAUGCCUGAUCUAUCAACCCUCAUCGGCCUCAACGGUCUGCCCACUGGCAACCGCAGCAUUUCACCCUCUGCAGACCCAGCAAAUUUCUUUACAGAGCUCAAUCCCACUCGCGGAUCGAGCUGGCAGAUCGAGCUGCGUGAGCUAGAGAAGCAGAACCGCACUCUGGGUGAUGAAUUGCAACGCCUGCUGGCUCGCCGUAGGAAGCGUAAGCGCAAGCAGAACGCUAUGGCGGUCGAGAAGCUAUGCGCGAUGUGCAGCACAAAAAACACCCCCGAGUGGCGGCGUGGUCCAAGUGGAAACCGGGAUCUUUGCAAUAGCUGCGGUCUGCGGUGGGCGAAGCAAAUCCGUGGCCAGGCGCAGGCGCAGGCUGUGGCUUCUUCGUCUGUUACAGUGGACUGA